UUUAGGAUUAGGAAGCAAAUCACAUGCAGAUUACAUUUGUAUAGGCUUGAUGUGUUAACUGGCUGUAUUGCACUAAUUAAUAUUCAUUUUAGAUAUGACUGGCCCUGUGGUUAUGAAAGCACAAGGGGGAAAAGAUACUGGCUGCAUAUUUCACCUUGUAACUCCGCAACCAAAAGGGUCAAAAGACUCAAUAACAAUGCCUUUGGAUCUCAAGUUUUAUGAAAAUACAGACAGUCCACAUACUUUUUAUGUUUGCAUUGAUCCAUAUAAUGGCAGCAAACAGGCCUUUGGAUCUAAAUGGAACACAAGUGAAUGCAUGACAUGCAGUUGCGAUCAUGAAGGACUUGGAUGCUGUACCAGAUACGGUGGUGUUGCAUUUGUCCCAGGAUGCAAAGCAACUGUAGAUAAGGAAGCGCAUGAAUACAAAUUCUAUAAGGCCAAUGAUCCUUCAAAGCCAUGUUUCUAAGCUUUAACAAAUCAUUUCCUUCAUGAAUAAAUCAAUGACUCCCGAGUA